AUGGGCGAUGCUUUCGAUUUUAUCUUAAUUCUGGAGUUUCUCGCCGGGUUUUGGGUAGAGGAUGGUGAGGCGUAUCGUUAUGAUAAGGCCUUGCGAGAUAUUGCUGUGAAAGGGGGGCACGAGCUGGGUAAAGCCUUUGUUUCGAUUGUGCAAGCUCAUCGAAAAGAGCAUAGUUUGGAGCCUGCUCCAAUAUGGGGCCUGGCGUGUUUGGUCCUGUCUUUUCCAGGCUCUGGGCUUCGUGCCUUCCGUAUCUUCUCUAUGAUUCAUGAGCCAGAUUGGGCACCCGACCAUAAGGCCCGGUCUGUCGUGAAGGACGUUAAAGCCGCAUAUUAA